GCCCAGCAUGCUCCUUGGCUGCAGGGCUGCAACCGUGCCUGAACUCAUGGAGCCCUCGGCCACUCCGGAGAACCAGACGGGGUUUCCCACUGGCCUCGGGGGACUGUCCCCUGUGCCUGCUGACUACGAAGAUGAGUUUCUCCGCUAUCUGUGGCGGGAUUAUCUGUACCCGAAGCAGUACGAGUGGGUCCUCAUUGCGGCCUAUGUGGCUGUGUUCCUCGUGGCCCUGGUGGGCAAUACGCUGGUCUGCCUGGCUGUGUGGAGGAACCAUCACAUGAGGACAGUCACCAACUAUUUCAUCGUCAACCUGUCCCUGGCAGACGUGCUGGUGACAGCCAUCUGCCUGCCAGCCAGCCUGCUGGUCGACAUCACUGAGUCCUGGCUGUUUGGCCAUGCCCUGUGCAAGGUCAUUCCCUAUCUGCAGGCCGUGUCUGUGUCAGUGGCGGUGCUGACACUCAGCUUCAUUGCCCUGGACCGCUGGUAUGCCAUCUGCCACCCACUGCUGUUCAAAAGCACUGCCCGACGUGCUCGAGGUUCCAUCCUGGGUAUCUGGGCGGUGUCGCUGGCUGUCAUGGUGCCUCAAGCAGCUGUCAUGGAAUGCAGCAGUGCCUUGCCUGAGCUGGCCAACCGCACCCGGCUCUUCUCAGUCUGUGAUGAACACUGGGCAGAUGACCUUUAUCCCAAGAUCUACCACAGUUGCUUCUUCGUUGUCACCUACCUGGCUCCAUUGGGCCUCAUGGCCAUGGCCUACUUCCAGAUCUUCCGCAAGCUCUGGGGCCGCCAGAUUCCUGGGACCACCUCUGCCCUGGUGAGAAACUGGAAGAGACCCUCGGACCAGCUGGAGGAGCCAGGACAAGGCCCUGGCACAGAUCCCCCACCUCGGGCACGCGCCUUCCUGGCGGAGGUGAAACAGAUGCGAGCUAGGAGGAAGACAGCUAAGAUGCUGAUGGUAGUGCUGCUAGUGUUUGCCCUCUGCUACCUACCCAUCAGUGUCCUCAAUGUUCUUAAGAGGGUAUUUGGGAUGUUCCACCAAGCCAGUGACCGAGAGGCUGUGUAUGCCUGCUUCACCUUCUCACACUGGCUGGUGUACGCCAACAGCGCUGCCAACCCCAUCAUCUACAACUUCCUCAGCGGCAAGUUCCGGGCGCAGUUUAAGGCUGCCUUCUCCUGCUGUCUGCCUGGCCUGGGUCCCUGCGGCUCUCCAAGGGCCCCCAGCCCCCGCUCCUCUGCCAGCCACAAGUCUUUGUCCUUGCAGAGCCGCUGUUCCGUCUCCAGAGUCUCCGAGCACGUGGUGCUCACCAGCGUCACUACAGUGCUGCCCUGAACAAGGCUGCUGGGGGAGGGGUCCCCACACUAUUGGAUGCAUCAUGGGGCUGGGCUCCAGGCUGGCUUUCUGCUGCCUGACUAGGCAACUCACUUCCCUGCUCUAAGUUGUGCCCCUUAGCAGGGUGGAGGAGGAGGGUCAGGCAUGCUCAGGAAAGCAGAAAGUGCUUUGUCAACUGCCAAGGCCUGUGGGCAAGAUGGUCACUGGAGACCCCACUCCCAUCCUCCCAGGCGCUCCUUUCCUCAGUCACAGCCUCUUCUGAAGCCUGUUGUGAGGGGAUCAGCAACCCCAGGGCACCCCAAAGUUGAAGUAGGGAGAACAAAUGGAGCCUUCCCUUCCCCUGUGGGCACAGGAGCCCAGCCUCUCCUGCACCUGGCGCCAUGGCAUAAGCACUGUAGAUGGAAUCCUGUCGGCUUGGCGGUUCUGAUAAAACACUCCAUGUGGCCAUUUGGCAUGGAGGCCAGCAGCCGGAAGCAACUGUAAUUAAAAGCCGGGCACUGAA